AUGGAGAACGCACUUGAUCUCUCAACUGAGGAGGAACAAGCCGAUUCCCUCCUGUCUCAGGUAGUCAGCGACCAUCCUGCCGCUCAUGAACUCCUCCUUUCACCAUUCACCAAAUCUUCGCGCAGCAUAUUUGACGUCGCGCCUGAGCAUGUUCCCGAUCACCUCACGGUGACCACCCUUGCUGGACCGGACUUGAUCUCAUCCCGCCCGUAUGUCAUCUCCAACGACGAGGCCGGGAAGCUGUUGGCAUUCUAUCACCUCGGCCGUCGAUUAUCAGGUCAUAAUGGUAUUGUUCACGGUGGACUGGUUGGCAUCCUACUCGACGAAUGCAUGGGCCGUGCUUGUUUUCCCAAGUUCCAAGCAAAGAUUGGGGUUACGGUCAAACUGGAAAUCUCUUACCAGGCGCCAAUCCCUGUCGACAGCAUGGUUCUGGUCAGUGCCGAAACCGCCGAUGUUCGAGGACGAAAGGCGUGGGUGAAGGCGACGGUCGAGGAUGUGACUCCUGGCCGGGAAACGAAGGUCCUCUCCCAAGCUACGGCGAUGUUUGUCGAACCAAGAUGGGCAAGCGAAAUGUCAAAAGUGAUAUCAUGA